AUGAAAAUGACAACGAAAACGCGUUAAGAAACAGAAGAAGGGAGCAUAUCUUUGAUUGAGGGGUCCGUCUUCCCCCUCACAACGCGGCAUUCACCAACUGACUUUUCAUUUCAUUCUUCAAACCCUCUCUUUUCUCUCUGUCUCCGAUUCUGCACAACACACCUAACCUCCUCAACAAUCUAUAUAAACACUCUCAUCCCAAUUCCUCACCCUUGGAUAGAUCAUGCUGCGUUUGUGCUUCAACCCUCUCGAUUAUUGCUUCCGACGCCGUGGUGCCUCUGAUUUUCUUCUCUGGCAUACCGACUUAAAACCUCAUGCUUCCGGUGAUUUCUCUAUAGCCGUCGCUCAGGCUAAUUACAGCCUUGAAGAUCAGAGUCAAGUCUUUACCUCACCUUCCGCUACCUAUGUCGGUGUUUACGACGGUCAUGGUGGUCCUGAAGCUUCUAGAUUCGUCAAUAACCGUCUCUUCCCUUAUUUGCACAAAUUUGCAUCUGAGCAAGGGGGAUUAUCAGCAGAUGUGAUAAAAAAAGCGUUUAGUGCGACCGAGGAGGAUUUUUUGCAUUUGGUUAAGUUGUCGUUACCAGUUAGUCCACAAAUUGCGUCUGUUGGAUCGUGUUGUCUUCUCGGUGCAAUUUCUAAUAAUGUGUUGUAUGUGGCUAACCUCGGAGACUCCAGAGUUGUUCUUGGCAGGAGGUGUUCUGAGAACAAGAAUUAUCCGGUGGAGGCUAUCCGCUUGUCAACAGAUCAUAAUGUAGCAGACGAGGAGGUGAGGAGAGAGGUUGAGGCUCUCCACCCUGAUGAUUCACACAUUGUGGUUUAUACUCGUGGAGUUUGGAGGAUUAAAGGCAUCAUACAGGUGUCUAGAUCCAUCGGUGAUGUGUAUUUGAAGAGACCGGAUUUCUACAGAGACCCCAUUUUUCGGCAAUUUGCAAGUCCUAUUCCUUUGAAGCGUCCAGUUAUGACAGCUGAACCAUCAGUCAUUAUUAGGGAGCUAGAGUCAGAUGAUUUAUUCUUGAUAUUUGCAUCGGAUGGCCUUUGGGAACAAUUAAGUGAUGAAGCCGCAGUUGAGAUUGUUUUCAAAUAUCCAAGAGCCGGAAUUGCCAAGAGACUAGUAAGAGCUGCUCUUCAGGAAGCUGCAAAGAAAAGAGAGAUGAGAUAUGCUGACAUAAAGAAAAUCGACAAAGGAAUUAGACGACACUUCCAUGACGAUAUCACUGUUAUUGUAAUCUAUCUUGAUCACCAUGGAAGCUCUUCUAGUGAUGGUGAAUUUAAGCAAACUGCUGUUGGCUAUACAACUGCCCCUGUUGAUAUAUUUUCUCUAAAUGCUGAUGAAGCUGAGAAGAGUAUGCUUGGUUCAGUUGCCUAAAGAGUGAAAUUGCUUCAAUGAAUUAUAAGCUGACCAUAUUUUGGAUGAAAUUAUUCAUAAUUAAAUAUGAAUAUUGGUAAAUUAAGGGAAUUCUCAAGUAAAAUAUGCAAAUUAGAAAUUACUGCAUAGAUAGUGACCGCAAAUUGCUGACAUGUUUUUCUUGGUGCUGAUAUAUAUGCAUAUGUAUAGUUGUGAAGUUUAUAAUUUUGGGUUUGAUGAUAGUAGUAGUAUCAAUUUUGUUUAUUUGGAAAGAUUAAAAUAAAAUUUGUAUUUAUUUGGUUA